ACCUGCCGCAUGCCGCCAUUGGCCUGCCGCUCCCCGCGCCCCCGCCCAUUGGUCGCACCGCCCCUCAAGAGCGUCCCGAUUGGCCAUAGCGGCCCGGCCCGGUAUCCGGGUAAGAUGGCCGCAGUCGGGGAGUGCUCGCUGCCCGCGCCGUGGCGGCCGGUCUCCCUCACUCACGUCGAGUAUCCCGCAGGUGAUUUCUCUGGCCAGCUUUUAGCUUAUUUGAGUCUUGGUCCAAUAUUCAUUAUUGUUGGCUUUGUAACACUCAUCAUAUUCAAGAGAGAGCUUCACACGAUCUCUUUCUUGGGAGGGCUGGUGUUCAACGAGGCAGUGAACUGGUUAAUAAAAAAUGUAAUCCGGGAGCCUCGGCCGUGCGAAGAAGCCCAUUCUACAGUGACCACAAAAUAUGGGAUGCCGUCCAGCCACUCCCAAUUCAUGUGGUUUUUCUCUGUCUAUUCUUUUCUGUUCCUUUAUUUAAGAAUGCACCAAACAAACAACGCGAGGUUUCUGGAUUUGCUCUGGCGACACGUGCUGUCCAUCUGCCUCGUCACAGUGGCUUUGCUAGUCUCAUAUAGUAGGGUUUAUUUGCUUUACCACACCUGGAGCCAAGUCCUAUAUGGAGGUGUGGCAGGAAGCAUCAUGGCCAUAGCCUGGUUUGCCUUCACACAGGAGAUCCUGACUCCCCUCUUCCCGAGGAUAGCUGCGUGGCCAAUUUCAGAGUUCUUUUUAAUCCGAGAUACCAGCCUCAUUCCUAACAUCCUGUGGUUUGAAUACACAGUCACAAGAGCAGAAGCAAGGAACAGACAGCGCAAGCUGGGGACGAAGCUGCAGUGACCGGGAGCAGGGCGCUGUAAUGGACAGACAAGAGCAGAGACCUGGGAGCAGCAAGGAGCCUUUUUACAGACGGACCAAAGGAACAGGCAGGGACCAUACCCAAAACCUGAAAGCCUUUGCUCUGCUUUAGCAGCUAAGCUGGAUGCUCCCUGAUGCAUGUGGGACCGUGCAGGAGUAGAAACUCAUUUUGAACACAGAUGCACAUGGUUGGAUGUACCAUCGUGUCUACGUCAGGGGAGGGGGGAGAAAAUGCCUGGUGUUGUGUUCGGGGGAGGGAAAACCAAAAAUGAAUCCUUUCUGUGACUUUUUUUUUUCAGCAUGAAAUAUACACACUAUUUAUUUAUUUUUUUAAAUGGAACUAUUGUUUAUGGGGUGGGUGAGGCGUUGAUUGUGUGUUUUGCUUUUUUUUUUACUUUUUCUUUUUGGAAGAAGAUGACAAAACUAUAAUCUCAAGUUGGUCAUGUUUAAUUAGGGCUUCUAAUUCUUACAUGGUUCUUAGGAGGGAGGGGAUCUAGGAGGGGUGACCAAGACAGAAGGAAGAGGAAGACUUUCCUUUCUGCAGUCAGUUUGGGAGAUCAAAAUUAAUUCCAACUGUACUUUGUACAGACAAAAAGACAGACUAUAAAGAUCUGAUUUUUAACACUAGUGACAGUUCUGCAGGGAAUCCUGCAUGGAUACCAGUUAAGGGGAGUGUGUGUGUAAAACAAAGGAAAAACACAAAUAUACUGACUCUUUAUUUUUUUCCCACUG